CCAUGAUUCUGACUGACAUUUUCUCUUUCAGGGCAUGUACCCGCCAAACAUGCGUGCGACGAUAACGCCGAUACCCCUGAACACUUCCAGCAUAAAUACUCCUUCACCAAAAACCUCCCCUGCAACAAUAACUCCAUCGCAUCCCUCGUUAACAACCCCCUUGCUUCCUACGUUGACAGAUGACAUGUUCGUCGUCGAAGCGCCUAGUUUUAUUGUGCCGUACGUGUACGAGAAACCGCCCGUCAAGGACUUCAAGACGUUCGUCAAAGAGAUGAAGGAAGAGUUGGAAAAGGUGAAGAAGGAAGAAGAUGAGAAACGGAAGAAAGAGAAAAAGGAGAAGAAAGAAAAGAAGGAUGAUGGAGCGGAAGAUAGCGAGGAGGAAGAUUGUGACAGUAAAAAAGAAUCUGAUGAAGAGAUUAGCGAAGAAGCGAAAAAGCAGAAAGACGAAACCAAAAAAGACACCGACAAGCCUUACUCUUACUUUGAAAGUCCCCUGGGUAAAUUUUUCAUAAACAUCGGAUUCAACCUGGUGCAAGAGUACGUACAAACGGACCUGUUGAAACAGCAGAAACGCAAGGCAAGUAGGGAAGGCGGUUCAAACCCGGAAACUGAAAAAACGAUCAAAUCGUUGAUGAAGAACCUCGAGUUCAGCAAGAAGGACAACGAGCCCUUCAAGCAGGACAUGAAGAAGUGCGAGUACUGUAGUUAUAAGACGGAAUCUGCGAUGGUGAUGGCGUAUCACUUGGAGACGCCGCACAUGCGCAGUUUUGUCUACAAGUGCAAUUUUUGCCCGUACGAGGUGCGGAGCCCACACGAUAUACUGUUCCAUAUGGAGGCGGAACAUGCUGUCAGAGGUCACCUGGAGCGAGCUCCCGCUUUCCAUCAAUGUCCGAACUGCCCGUUCGAAGACAACCAGAAAGGAAAGCUGUCGCGCCAUCUGGUAGCAUGCGUGCGCAAGUUCCGGCCCGAUCGCAACUUGGAGCCACCCGUUGAUUGGGAGCCACCAGCGAAGAUCCCCAGAGUGCCCAAGAUGCGACAACAAGGCUUGAACGCUACUGCCACUGCGUACCAGGCGCUGUCCAAGAACAACCAGUACCAGUUCCUCUCCAAAAUGAACUUGCAGACUAGUCAGCAGGUAUUGCAAAGAGGGCGCGGCAGGCCCACCUCGUUGGGAUCGCCGAACAUUAUUAAACCCCAGACGACCAUCCUAAGGCCGCAGGGGAUGGUUUUCAAACAGCAGGGUAUGUCAGGAGGAUCAGUGUUGGUCCCUACCAGCUAUCAACUUGGCAACCAGGUGUUCCAGGUGGUGGGAGGCCAGGAUAUAAGCGGCAGGCUAGGUAACCCCAGCCCAAUGUUUCUUCCCAACAUGCCUUCCGCCUCUAGCACAAUGGCCUUACAGGCCGCCCAGUCGCAUCUAAAAAAACCGGCAGCGACUCCUCAGCAAACGCCCAGUAUCUCGAUAACGCCAUUACCGCGAGGCACGAGCGCCUCAGCGGUGGGCGGAACAGCUGGAGGUCCCACCUCCGGCACUCAAACAGCCAAACCAGGCGACACCUCCUCCAAGAAUACGUUCGUCAUCUGCGAGAUCUGCGACGGGUACAUCAAGGACCUGGAGCAGCUGCGUAAUCAUAUGCAGUGGAUACAUAAGAUCAAGAUACAUCCCAAGAUGAUAUAUAAUAGGCCUCCAUUGAACUGCCAGAAGUGCCAAUUUAGAUUCUUUACGGAUCAAGGAUUGGAAAGGCAUUUGUUAGGAUCGCAUGGUCUAGUGACUUCAAGUAUGCAGGACGCUGCUAAUAAGAGCAAAGAUUCUGGACGGUGUCCUGUCUGCGGCAGGGUGUACCAGUGGAAGUUGUUGAACCACGUGGCCAGGGACCACAACAUGACCCUGAAACCAGCCCAUUUGUCCUACAAGUGCACCGUGUGUACAGCAACGUUUGGCAUGUACAAACAGUUCGAGAACCACGUGUAUUCGGCGCAUAGCGUCGUCGCCAAGCGCGUCAUGGACAAAAAAGGCAGCACUGCGUCGCCCUCCGCCAAGCCGGAUCAGAUGAAGCCGUUGAAGAUAAACGAUGAGAUAACGAUAAUCCCACAGCCGACCAAGUCGGCGAACGGGACCAAAGAAGAAGGAAAAGGCGGUGCAAGCACCAGUAAAAGUAGGUAAAAGGGAUAUACGAUGUGUAUGAGGUAUCCCGCGUCACGACACGACAAAGACACUUGACGGGAAGUUGUAAGUGAGGAAUUAUAACUGAUGUUGAUGGUUGUUUCAUAGUCAUGAAAGCAUACCUCAGUGUUUUUUGUGAUACAUCAAAGAUAAACAUAAAUCUGCCAAAUCUCGUUUUCAUGGGUCUAGAACAAACACCAGCGCGCGAUCUUCAAAUACUUGGGUUCCUAAUGACUAAGGAGCGGUUGAUACCAAGACAGGCAAAUAGAGGCAGGAGGACUUAUCGAUCGAUUGCUCGUGUUUGUUUUGACGUCGCGUAAAUGCUGUGUGAAUAGGGUUCAGUUAGAUGAAAAAGUGCAUCCCUUAUCACACCGCCCCCCAACCUAGGCAAUUUCAAAAUGCUUAACUAUUAGGUGUAGUGCUUCAAAUGAUUUUUGGAUAGCGUGUAAUUCCUCAGGAACUAGGAAUGCCAUACGGCGUAAAAUUGAUAAGAAAUCGCCAGGUAUUUAUCAAAUUGUCACAAAUUAUUUAUGCAUUGCAUUCUAAGGGAUUUGUUAUAGUAGCGCAAAAUGCGUCGAGCUUUUAGCACUAUAUUAGCCUUCGUCUGUCGGAUAUAAACGGCAUUUGCAUAUAGAAAAUUAUACAUAUGAGUCGAGCAUUGAGCGUGAAUAAUUCCGACGUCACUUCACUUCAUUUUUCCGGUGCUCUAUUUUUAUAUAAUUAUUUUGGAACGGUUGAGUAUUGCAUCAGACCUUCAUUAUUACAUCAAAUGAUUCGGAUCUUUUCGUUUAUUGAUAGUUUUUGGUUAUGGUUGCGUCAAAAUAUGGCGGCCAUGAUGCCGAGCCCAGCGUCACCGUAUCUUUAUCGAAACGUCGUUUCCAUAGCAAUCGCCCGAACAGCGCGUCUCUAAUGCCGCGCCAAUAGCGUCAGUAUAAAUAACAUCAAAAAUGACCGAAAAAUGACUAAGACAGUAAAUACCUCACUCUACUUGUAAGAUCAUUCAUUCGGAUUAAAGUUUGGUAGUGUUCUGAGAUAAUAAGCUCACAGAGGCCGUGAAAAAACCAUCCGCAUCGAACAUCAUUUAAUUCUGUGUUAAUGAAAAUGUAUUUCCUGUACUAGGAUGUUCGCGUCAGCGCAAGUGAGUGCGUGAUGAGUACGGUGAAUCAAGUAGGUUAUAUUAUUUUUUUUUUAUUUCGCACCCAAUGAUGUCGUUAUAUCAUUUAUGUAUACAUUUGAUGAUUAUACUAUAUAUUUAAAUAUUUUGUAACCGUGCGUGAAAGGAUUGUAGUAUUUGUAAGGAAAUAAAUGAUUCUAGUUUUCUCUUUAUUUUUUUGUUCUGUGGUGACACGGUUUAUCGGAGAUAGUGCUAAAUGUAUUUUGUAAAUUACGGUGAAGUUUUUGGAAAAUGACACAGGGAUUAAAAAAAAUCGUUUGUUAUAUCGCUGCACUUUUUCAGUUUUUUUUUGCAAGAAUCCUUGGAAUCGUAGACUGUUCCUUGUUAAACUAACAAAAUGUGUAUAGUGUUUUUCAAUUAAGGAAAUGCGGAUCCACGAAUACUCAGUACUGUACAAUUUCAGACUGACGGGUGCAUCCAGAUACGUUUUUAACUUUUUAAAAUAUAUAGUACGAGUGGUAUUUUUUUUCUACUUAGUAACCUUAAAAUUCAACUCCAAGAACUCGAUAUAACUUUUCUCAUUUACCUGAUCCUUCAAGUAGUCCACUAAGAAUGACUUUUCAGGGAUGAUAGACAUUUUGCUAUACUCGAUAGUCGUUAUAUCAUUGGUUGAAUUGAAAGUAUAACAACUAAUUUUCCCAUAGCAAAAGUAUAUACUUCAUCAUGAUGUAAUAAUGGAUUGGCAUUUAAUUUUUAUAAAUGCAAAUAUAAUAAGCGCUGUUAAAUAUUAUGUCAGGAGUAAUUUAUUAUUUGAUGUAUUUAAUUUUUGUAUGAACGUUAAAUAUUUUCAGAGUAGAAUGUAUCUUUAUCAAGUUAAUUUCCAGGAAGUGUAGUAGUUCAAUUUUUUAGUUCAGACAAAUUUUAGCAUCUAUUUGAAGUAGAUAAAACUCAUUUGUAAAAAAAGUAUCAAUAAAUAUUUUAU